CAAUGUUCUGCCACUAGUAUCAGGAGCAACCAUGCUGAGUAUCAGGACUUCAGUGUUUUUGAGUGUUUGCUCUCUAGUCAGUGCUCAACUGUAUGAAUUGAAUGUAGUGCAUUAUAACGACUUCCAUGCAAGAUUUGUGGAAACAAGUCCAUCUGGAACAGUAUGCAACCCAGAAGUAGCGCCAUGCAUAGGCGGAUUCGCCCGUAUAGCUACUCUGGUCAGACAGGCUUUAGAAAGAGAACCAGAUUCCAUAGUGCUGAACGGGGGAGACAGCUUUCAGGGCACUAUAUGGUACAACUUGCUUCGCUGGAAUGUUACGCAGGAGUUCAUGAAUAUGAUACACCAUGAUGCUCACGUACUAGGCAACCAUGAGUUCGACAAUGGUAUAGAAGGAGUAGUCCCAUAUCUCCAACAUUUGAAUUCUUCAGUUGUUGUAGCCAACAUUAUCGAUGACGAAGAGCCAGAUAUCCAAGGCUUAUAUCAACCAAGCGUUGUGAUUGAGAGAAAAGGACGAAAGAUUGGUAUUAUAGGCGUUAUCAUAUCUACCACUAACGAAUUGGCGGCUACUGGUAAUCUGACAUUCACUGAUGAAAUAGAGGCUGUAAGAAGGGAGGCUGAGAAGCUGAAUGAGGAGGGCGUGGACAUAAUCGUCGUUUUGUCUCAUUGUGGACUUGAAAAAGACCAAGAAAUCGCUCUGAAAGCAAGUCCGUACGUAGAUAUCGUCGUAGGAGCUCACAGCCAUUCCUUGCUAAUAAAUACAGAACCUCCGGCGGGUAUAGCGUUCGUGCCUCAGGGACCUUACCCAAUUGUAGUCGAACAAGAGAACAGAUCUGUGCUUGUGGUUCAAGCGGCUGCUCAUACAGUAUUUUUGGGAGAAAUCAAGCUUUACUUUGACGAACAAGGGGAACUUGUUAAUUGGACUGGUGAUCCUAUCUUUGCUGGCAAUGACGUUGAACAAGCACCUGAUGUUUUGGCAAAGAUUAAUGAAUACCUGCCAAUCAUAGAGGAGAAAGCCACAGAGUUGGUAGGAUUUUCUAAAGUACUGCUAUCGUCGAGGUGCUCCUGCGGCGAAUGCAACCUUGGAAGCUUCAUUUGCGAUGCUUUUAUGAAUGCUGCGAUAGAAAGAGCACAAGGAAAUCAAUGGAAUUACGCACACUUCUGUUUGACAAACACGGGCGGUGUGAGGUCUGAUAUUGACGCAGGAAACGUAACAUUCGAAAAGCUGCUGCUAUCGACGCCAUUUGAGAACCAAGUGGAAGUAUUUGACCUGAAAGGGCAGUAUGUCUUGGAAGCGUUGGAGUUUGCAGUCGCCAACCAGCCUUUUCCUGGUGCAAGGAUGCUGCAGAUUUCUGGGCUCAGAGGGGUAUUUGACGGUCUACGACCAGUUAACAGCAGGAUAGUGAACGCGACCGUCCGUUGCAAUGACUGCAAUGUCCCUCGGUACGAACCCUUGGAUGUCAACAAGACGUACAAAGUGGUCUCACAGAGCUUCCUUGGUGGAGGCGGCGAUGGAUUCAGUAUGAUUUCAAACAACCGUGAGAACGUGGAAGUGCUUGGGGUGGACUACGAAAUACUAAUGAACUACGUGCGCCAGCAGUCCCCAAUCAUCAAGGACCUAGAUGGCCGGUUAGCGAUUUCAGAUCCUUGCUUACAAAAUUAGGUGUAACAGUAUAUACUGUUAAUGCAUGAAUUAAGUAUCAUCGGGAUUCGAUUACACAAUUAUUGUCUUAAUUUAUUGAAACGAACUUAU